AUGGCUGUGUUCUGCCUCAUUGUUGGAGCCGGCAUUUGCUGCUGCUGUGCUGCUUUGCAUCCUUCCUACAAACGUCUAGUGGAUAAUUUCCCUGAAGACCCAACAGAUGGGCUCGUCAAAGCUGACAUGGAGAAGCUGACUGUCUAUGCUGUUUCUGCACCUGAAAAGUCAGAUCGAAUAGGUGCUUACUUAGCAGAGCUACUGAGCCGGGAUGUUGUCAGACACCAUUAUGGAUGUGUUUUAAUUGCGAUGGACGCUUUGGACCAGCUUCUGAUGGCUUGCCAUUCUCAGAGCAUUAAACCAUUUAUUGAAAGUUUCCUUUACAUGGUGGCUAAGCUGCUGGAGUCGGGACCGAAGCUGCAAGUUCUAGGAACCAAUUCAUUUGUUAAAUUUGCAAACAUGGAGGAAGAUACACCUUCAUACCACAGGCACUAUGACUUUUGGUUCAGUGCCAUGUGUCAUUCUUACUACAAGGAUCCAGAAGUACAAAAUGAGAUCCGAAUUGCUGGAAUUAGGGGUAUCCAGGGAGUGGCGCCUCAGCACAUGGACAAUAUAGUUCCCUCCCUGCUGUUUAAUAUGCAGAGACUUGAAGAUGUUGACAGUCGGAUCUUCCCGCCUUCAUCACCCUCAGGAGGAGAAAAAGAGGAAAACCCAUCUGUGCUAGCUGAGAACCGUUUCAGAGGACUGCUGCGCUGAGCAACCUAUGGCAACAUGAACCAUGCUGUCCGACCAGUUUUUGCACAUUUAGACCGUCACAGACUGUGGGAUCCCAAUGAAUUUGCUGUCUCCAUUUUCAAAAUCAUCAUGUAUUCUAUACAGGCACAAUACUCUCAUCAUGUGAUACAGGAAAUUCUGGCACACCUUCAUUCUCACAGGAAAGAUUUUGCCCGAGUCCAAGCAGGCAUCAUCCAGGCCCUUCUGCAAACUGUUGCCAUUGCUGCAAAGGGUUCCACAGGCCCAACAGUCUUAGAGAUGUUUAACCCCUUACUGAAGCAUCUAUGUUUCAGCUUUGAUUUUGACGUGACAGGCGUAGCGGUAAGUGGUGCCAGCUUCAGUGCAAGCACCAAGGAAAAUGAUGAGAAAAUUGUCCAGAACGCAAUUAUUCAAACAAUUGGAUUCUUUGGAAGCAAUCUGCCAGACUAUCAUCGAUCUCAGAUUAUGAUGUUCAUUAUGGGGAAAGUACCUGUUGUGGGAGCAACUUCACAUACACUGGACAUCAGCCUGCUAGGGGAUUUGGGAACCAGGCGAAUUCAGAUUAUGUUGCUGAGAUCAUUACUGAUGGUGACUGCAGGAUACAAUGCCAAGACUAUUGCUGCUGCUCUCCCUGCUCUUUUUCUGGAUCCUUUGCUGUCUCCAUCACUCAUGGAUGACUCGGAACUAAGACAGCUGGUCCUGGAAAUACUGCAUAACCUUAUUGAUUGCCAUGACAACUGAGCAAAGCUCAGAGGGAUAAGAAUAAUACCUGAUGUUUCAGAUGUAAAGAUAAAUGAGAAAAUUUCAAGGCAAGAUGUAAAUUUCUUCAAAAAGGUCAUUGAAACCCAAAAUGUAGAAGCACCGUAUUUUUUACCUGAAACCAUUUUCCAAGAGAAGUGCAAGUAUGCAACAUUUAAACAUGGGAGCAAAAGUCACUGGAAGAGGAGAGGCGGCAGCAGCAAAGAGCUCAGUAAUGUUCUAGAUGAAGAUAGGCUGUUCAGGAGGAAGAGUAUUAUAGACACCUUGUUGAUUCAGGUAGACAUUCUGCCUGGCUGCAGCCUGGAUGAAAAGGGGAACAGUACUGAAGAGAUCACCUUUGAGACUCUGAAGCAGGCAAUAGACAACAAUGGGCUUGAGGAACAAGAGAAGGAAAAGAGGCGCCUUGUGAUUGAAAAAUUGCAGAAGGCUCCUUUUGAAGAAAUUGCCGCACAGUGUGAGACCAAAGCAAACUUACUCUAUGACAGGCUGACACAGAUACUGGAGUGCACUAUUCGGCCACCUCCUAGCCCUUCUGGAACGAUGGCGAUCAAUGCUGGACCUGCUCGUUACCACUCCAUCCCAGUCUAUGAGAUGAAGUUUCCCGAUCUUUGUGUGUAUUGA